GUCGGGAGGAUGACGCGCCCGCUUGCGCAUAUACGCAAGUCGAAGACAGAUGACGGUCGAGGACGAGUCUCGGACAAGCCGGUCCGUGAUUGACAGGUGGCGGUACGUGAUCAAUAGCGUCUGAAUUCAGCGGCGCAACUAUUUUUCCUGUAACCACAUCGAUUCACGGCUGCGGACGACACCACCGCACGAUUUCUAACGACUUGGCGCAUGUUGCUCCGUGUACCAGGCUCAGCUGAGCUCGCUUAGACGACGCCAAGAUCAAUUUGGCGGACUUUGUGCUCCCUUCGACAAAAACCAUUCAGCACUGUUCUUAGCCAUCCCCUUCCCAUAUGACGCCGAGCUUUCUUCAGUCUAUCUCCCACAUGUUUCCUUAUUAUUUAGACACCGAGAUAUGCCUAUCUUUACUCUAUAAAACCCUGUAUGUCUUUACUUGCAAAAAUAGACAGAUUUUGG